GAGUUAAAGAGUGUUGGACCAACAGGACCUGCAGGGCUUUUUAGAAGUAAGAGCUUCACCUGGAAAAUCAGGGAAGAGACGAUAUUCCCAAUAAAAUGUUAGAUUUGUUAAGUAAACUCUAGAUUCCACUUAUCCUGGGUUAGGGUCCAUCCAUCUUUAUAAAUGCAGCCACCUGAAGCCAAACUGACCCGAGCCAGUCGGUGAAGUCCUGCUGCACCUUCUCUCAACCUUUCUGCCUUAUUAAAGGCAGGUUUAAUCAACACCAACUACAGAGCUUAGUUCUGUCGUCUUUCACGUCUCCAGUUCAGCUUUUUGAGAAAUAACUGAAGCGACUUCAUCUCUUGCAGUUGAAACCUGAAAGCCACAGUCACCUUCAGGACUCGCAGGUCGGACUGAAAGAGAGCGUUACAUAACACCACACUCCAUUUCAAAAAGAAAGACUGCAUACAGGAAUGUAAAGUGGCAUCUAAAACUUCCCUUUGAAGGUAUCUUUAUGCAAUUGUUAUGACUUGAAACAGCAUCUCACUUCUUGCAAGCCAUCUGGAGACUAUUAUAGGUUAUAAAGCAGCUGCACAGGAGUGGCUCCUUUUCCUGCCACCGCAGACUGAAAAACAAUAGAGGCGUCUGGGAGCGUGCAACGGAUCGAACCUGACCUUGUGCCACGUUGUUAAACAUUCACCUGGAAACUUAAACCUGUAUGCAGCAUGUCGAUUUUCUCUCUUUUUUUGUGAUUGUCUGCACACGUGCAUGCACAAGAAUGUCAAAAAAGCAGCCAGCAGCAAAAAGAGAGCGUCUUGUGUCGUCUUCCUGCUCGUUCAGGGUUAAAUUCUCACAGACACUUGACUUCCUCUUGCAAACCUCUCACUCCGACACCCUGGCAAGCCCUCCUCGUUUUUUUCCUCAAGUAAAUGUUAUAAAUAGUGCUGUGUGUUCUGUUGACCGCCAUCCUCCUCUCAAAGUGCAUCGCCCACCUUCGCUCAGUCGUUCACCUUUUCACUUCUUCUCUCUCCGUCUGUUUCUCUCUCUGAGCACAAACACUUGAGUUCAACUUCUCUUCUUCUCUGCUUCUUUCUGAGGCUUUAACAGGAUUUUUCUGCUUGUUCUACACUCCAACAAGAUAUUUACAAGCUCUUCAGCAUGCGUUGUGUGAGCUGGUUGUUGCUGGGGACCUGCCUCCUGGUCCUGGGCCCCGCGGUGCAGGGAGCCCCGAGCCAGUGCCCCAGCCUGUGCCACUGCCACGGUGACCUUCAGCACGUCAUCUGCGACAGCGUGGGGCUGAAGAAGAUCCCCCGGGUGUCGGAGGUGACCCGUCUGCUCAACCUGCAGAGGAACAACCUGGGCAGCAUUCCCACAGGAGCCUUCAGUGAAAGCAAGGGACUCAUCUCUCUGCACAUGCAGCACUGUCAGCUCCGAGAGAUCGGAUCCCAGGCCUUCAAGGGGCUGAAGAAGCUCAUCUACCUCUACCUGUCCAACAACGAGAUCAGCAGCAUCAAGCCCGGCGCCUUCGACGACCUCACCGAGCUCACCUACCUCUACCUAGACGGGAACCAGAUCAGUGACCUCAGCAAGGGCAUCUUCUCCCCCAUGAUCAACCUCUUCAUUCUGCAGCUCAACGACAACAAGCUGCGGGAGCUGCGGCCGGGGACUUUCACAGGCGCCAAAGACCUGCGCUGGCUGCACAUGAGCGGGAACGAGCUGACCACCCUGCACCCGGGUUCUCUGGACGACGUGGAGAACCUCGCUAUACUUCACCUGGACAGGAACAAGAUGUCCACCUAUCCUGUUGCGGCCAUGAGCAAACUGCGAGUGGUGGAGGAACUCACGCUGGGGAGGAACCCCAUGAGGAUCAUCCCUGACAUCGCCUUCCAGAGCUUUGGCCGCUACAUGGAGAAACUCUACCUGGACAACAUGGGUCUGGAGAAGUUUGCUGAUGGUGCGUUCACUGGCGUCACGGCCGUCAAGUCACUGCACCUGGACAACAACAAGUUAAAGCUCCUUCCCAAAAGCCUCGAGUUUGGCACCAUCACCAACCUCACCCUCUCCAACAACCCAUGGAGCUGCACGUGCCAGCUAGCUCCACUGCGCAAGUGGAUGGACUCAAGCCGCAAUCGUCCAGACGCAGUGUGUGCAUCUCCACCUCAACAGAAAGGAAAGCAAGUGAGAGACAGCACCGCCUUCAGUGGCUGCAGAGUCAAGCCGAAGAGAGCCAAAAAGGGCACACGUCACUUGAGCAUGCAGCCGUACAGGAGACGCUGAGGAGGAGCCUGUCCAGGUGACUGGCUACACAUGCAACCAAAAGCAAUGCUAACUCAUUCUCCUUCAAGACUGUCCAACUAUUCAUCUGACAAAUAUUGUCAUUGUGUAAACACAAACACGGUCGCAGAUACACUCGCUCUCUGUCUGUCUGUCUCUCUCUCACCCAAACACACCAAGAGCUUCUCUUUGCACUCAUUCGAUCAGAAGGUGAAGACUUUAUGAAGUGGAAAUGUGCAACCUUCAGGUAACCACCAAAAUAAAAGAUGUGUGUGAGGAAACAAAGGCCACAAGAAGCAUGAACAUGUUGUCUUUUUCUUGGUGUUCUUCCCUGAGGAUCAUCUUCUGUAUGUUGCCUUGAAAAUAUUAACUUAAAACAUAAAUGCUUCAACGACAGCUCAUUAAAAAAAAAAAAAAAAAUUGUAACUUGCCGGUAGUGCUCCUCAUGUAUUC